AUGCGUAUCCAAUCUCUCGCUCUCUUGGCCGGUGCCACUGCCGCUAUCGCUGCCGAAACAGUCACUCUUUUCCUCCCCGGGUUCGACGAGCAAAGAAUUGAGGGCAAGGUCAUUGGCACUAGCGGCUCCAUGACCAAAUAUCUCAUCAAAUGUGCUGUCGGCGUUGAUUCCACCGACUGUGGCCUUCCACCCGAUGGCAUGACCGUGGCCCAAGGCUCUUCAACCGUCAGCCUAGGGUACGGUAUGGAGGGAACCACCAUCGCUGAGAGCUGCAAGUACGAUGCCAAAACCGCCAGUUGCGGCGCUACCCUUAACGAGGGCGGCACAACCUCCACGUGGAAUUCGGCCAUCGCUAUCACAGAAAUUCCCGGUGGCGCAUUAAUGCCUGUUACUAUCACGGCAACUGGAACUGACAACGCAUCCGCCACCACUGGUGCCUCGGUCUCGGCUUCUACAGCCACCUCGACUGGCGCUGCUACUUUGACCACUUCUGCUUCUACUUCCGACAGCACCGCUACUGGCACCAGCACCAGCACUGGUACUAGCACUGCUGGUUCCUCGGAUAAGAGCAGUGCUGCUGCCACCAGCCAGUCUAAGACUGGUAACGCUGCUGUGCCCAUGAUCACCGGAAAUGCUCGCUGGGCUGCCGGUGGUGUUGCAGCUGCACUGGCCCUCGUUGCUCUCUGA